AUGUGUUGGGUGAUAGUUGCUGCUGAGGCUGUUGCAGCAGGUCAUAAAGCUAAAAAUCCAGAUAAAGAUCUUCUCGAACUUUCUUCCCAAGAGUUGCUUGAUUGUUGUAAGGAAGAAGAGAAACAAUGUUAUACAUAUUCAAUCAUAAAAGCUUUGAAAUGGAUUAAAAGUUAUGGGAUUAUGAAGGAGGAAGAAUACCCAUUCAAAGCACAUAAAUGUCCUUGUCGACACAAGACUGAAAAACAGAAAACUCUUGCUGUGAAGAUCGUUGACAUCCAAAAGGUAGAUCAUGAUAAUGAAAAUGAGCUACUUAUGAGAGUGAAAGAACAACCAAUAGCAUGUGGUUUAAUAGUGACCAAAGCAUUCCAAGAACUUGAAGGCGGUAUAUAUGAAGGAUCCGAUGAACUCGAUUUAAUUCUCCAAGGAAAAGAGAAAGCUUAUCGACAUGCAAUCCUUAUAAUUGGAUUUGGUUAUGAUGAGAAAGAAGAUAAAAAAUAUUGGAUCAUAAAAAACUCCAUGGCAAAGAUUGGGGAGUGCACGGAUAUGCCAGAAUUGCUCGUAAGUCUAGUCUUCCAAAAGGCUGGCUAA